GUAAAAUAAUAAUUCACUUAAGCGUGAUUAACAACGCGGGAAUACUUCGUCAAGUGAUUUCUGAGAAACGAAUAUAGAGCCUUAGUUUUCAAUAAACAAGAUGGAAAGUAUGCUGAAUGAUGUAGAUUUUGCAGAACUUCGAAGACGCAAUCUUGCUGACAAUGAACAGAUACUGCGGCAGAUCAAAGCUGAUUUGGCAAAGCUGAUGCCAGUUAAACCAAAGCAAAAGCGUUUGCAACAGAAGAAAAAGGACAAGCACCUGUCUCCCCUGUCCACGGAAGUGCGCAGGAAUCCCUCGCGUGCUGGCCGCUACAGCCCCAUGAAGACGAGAUCAAGACGCAGCUCUGUGUCCUCAAUCGUGUCUAGUGAAUACUCGUCUGGUUCCAACGAUCAAGAUAGAAUGGUGGUGAAGUUUGGAUUCUGUGGCAGACGAGGCGAUGGCAGUGAAGACGUCUCCAUGGAUGACAUGGAUGAUGAUGAUGCUGUGAUUCCUAAGCGUGUAAACAAGAUCCAACAUGACAGAAGGCCAGCAGAUGAGAUCACAGAAGAUGACCUUAACAUGGUGGCAGUGUUUGUCAGUACGAAGAGAUAUGACAGCAUCUAUGGUACAACAUGUCACCAGUGUCGCCAGAAGACGGAUGACAUGAAGACUAUCUGUAGAUCAGAGGAGUGCUUUGGAGUACGAGGACAGUUUUGCGGCCCCUGUCUACGUAACAGAUAUGGGGAGGAUGCUAAAGAAGCUCUGAAAAAUCCAGACUGGAUAUGCCCUCCAUGUAGAAAGAUCUGCAACUGCAGUUUCUGUAGGAAGAGGAACGGCAAGACGUGCACUGGCAUCCUAAUACACCUGGCCAAGGAAUACGGCUUCUCCAAUGUGAAUGACUAUCUGCAGAGCUUACAUAAGAAGGAUGUACAAAAAGAGGAUGUACAGAAGAAGGAUGUACAAAAAGAAUAUGUACAGAAGAAGGAUGUAGAGAAAGAUGAUUGAGCUUCAUUGAAAAUGAAAAAAUUAUGAACACUGGGAAACAAGAAAGAUGGAUAAGGACAGACUUUUCCUUGCAGUGAUCAUUAUUUGAACCAUAAUUUGAUGAUCCUAUUGUUACUUACUUAUUGUGUCUUUAUAAUCUUAAACCCAAAACCAUUUAGAUACGUAUCUUGAGGCGUUUGUAGUCCCUUAGAAAGUUAAAUUUAAUUAACGUCCUUGCCUACUAGAUUCAAGUUUUAAAGGCUUCAUUUUCAACCAUUAGAUACUGAAGAGCAGCAAACAGCAUAAACCCUGAACAGUCUGCUAGAUAAUCGCAGGCUGUUCUGUUUCUAUGCUGUUUGAACAAAGCCAUUUUUAUUUUGCCUCUCAGUGGGAAAGGGUUAAUACAAUUAUCUUUGAGGGACUGCUGUUGUUUUUUUCUGUGAUAAAGCUCAUGUUCAACAUGUUUUGUUUCAUAUUGUCGCUGUAAAAUAUUGAUAUGCACAUUUAAAUCAAUUAUAUUUUGUUUUAAUUUGCGCCAAGUUAAGUUUACAGUGCUUACCUAAUGGAUAAAAUAUUGUGAAGUUUAUGUUUAAACAUGCCUCAUGUUCAGUUUGCUGUACUGGCCGAAUCAAAGAACGUUUAAAUGAAUUGUAGUUUAUGUUUAAACACGCAUCAUGUUUAGUUUGCUGUACUGGCCAAAUCAAAAGAAUAGUUUAAUGAAUUGAAAUUUAUGUUUAAACAUGCAUCAUGUUCAGUUUGCUGUACCGGCCGAAUCAAAAUAACAUUUUAAUGAAUUGUGGUUUAUGUUUAAACUUGCCAUAUGUUUAGUUUGCUGUACUGGCGGAAUCAAAAGAACAUUUUAAUGAAUUGUGGUUUAUGUUUAAACAUGCAUCAUGUUCAGUUUGCUGUACCGGCCGAAUCAAAAGAACAUUUUUAUGAAUUGUAGUUUAUGUUUAAACAUGCAUCAUGUUCAGUUUGCUGUUCUGGCGGAAUCAAAAGAACAUUUUAAUGAAUUGUAGUUUAUGUUUAUACAUGCCUCAUGUUCAGUUUGCUGUACUGGCGGAAUCAAAAGAACAUUUUAAUGAAUUGUGGUUUAUGUUUAUACAUGCCUCAUGUUCAGUUUGCUGUACUGGCGGAAUCAAAAGAACAUUUUAAUGAAUUGUAGUUUAUGUUUAUACAUGCCUCAUGUUCAGUUUGUUGUACUGGCCAAAUCAAAAGAAUGUUUUAAUGAAUUGAAGUUAAGUUUUAACUUGAAACUUGUUUAGUUUACUGUACAUAUCUGAAAAAAGAAAGGCUUUAUUAACAAAAUCAACAGUUAUGGCAUGUAUGAUAAUAAUAGUUCAAACAAGAUUUACAGAUUUAAGAUUAAAGGUUUAUGUUUUUCAAUUUAAUAAAUGAAUGAAGUAUUAAAAGUACAAAUUCUUCAUCUGCUAGCUUUUUCAUCUGGUUCCUUUAGCUAAAUAUUUUCUAUUAUCCUGUCACAUGCCUAAGCAUGGAUCAAGUAGGACAUAUCUAACAGUAAAUUACAUGAAACAAUAAUUUGAUCUGGAUUAUUAGAAAUAAUUAUAAAGUGCUGAUGGUUAGAGCGAUGUCAAUAUUUGUUUGAUGCUCUCCAUUUUGAUAACAAUGUUUCCAUUUGACAAGAUUUUUAUGUCCCCCAGUGUAUACUGGGGGACAUAUUGUUUUUGCCAAGUCUGUUUGUUUUUUAUGCCCCCUUUCGAAGAAAAGGAGGUAUAUAGUUUUCGCACUGUCCGUCAGUCUGUCGGUCAGUCUGUCACACUUUUCGUGUCCGCUCUCUAAUUCAAAUAGUUUUCAUCCAAUCUUUACCAAACUUGGUCAAAGUUGUAUCCAGACAUUAUCUUCGUCAAGUUCGAAUAUGGGUCACGACGGGUCAAAAACUAGGUCACGGGGUCACUUUGUGCAUUUGAAGGAUUAAGCAUGGUGUCCGCUCUCUAAUUGAAGUAGUUAUCCUCUGAUCUUUACCAAACUUGGUCAGAAGUUGUAUCAAGACAAUAUCUAGUUCAAGUUCGAAUAUGUGUCAUGCCGGGUCAAAAACUAGGUCACGGGGUCACUCAGUGCAUUUCAAGGAUUUAGUACGGUGUCUGCUCUGUAGUUGAAGUAGUUUUCAUCUGAUGUUCACCAAAUUUGGUCAGAAGUUGUGUCUUAUGCCCCCUUUCGAAGAAAAGGGGGUAUAUAUUUUUCGCACUGUCCGUCAGUCUGUCACACUUUUCGUGUCCGCUCUCUAAUUGAAGUAGUUCUCAUCUGAUCUUUACCAAACUUGGUCACAAGUUGUAUCAAGACAAUAUCUAGUUCAAGUUCGAAUAUGUGCCAUGCCGGGUCAAAAACUAGGUCACGGGGUCACUCAGUGCAUUUCAAGGAUUUAGUACGGUGUCUGCUCUGUAGUUGAAGUAGUUUUCAUCUGAUGUUCACCAAAUUUGGUCAGAAGUUGUGUCUUAUGCCCCCUUUCGAAGAAAAGGGGGUAUAUAUUUUUCGCACUGUCCGUCAGUCUGUCACACUUUUCGUGUCCGCUCUCUAAUUGAAGUAGUUCUCAUCUGAUCUUUACCAAACUUGGUCAGAAGUUGUAUCAAGACAAUAUCUAGUUCAAGUUCGAAUAUGUGCCAUGCCGGGUCAAAAACUAGGUCACGGGGUCACUUAGUGCAUUUCAAUGAUUUAGUAUGGUGUCCGCUCUCUAGUUUGAAAUAGCUAUCAAUUUGCAUACAUGCAUACACUCUUAACUAUCAAUUGAGAAAUGUUAUUAUGUUUGUGGUUUAAAUAUUUUUAUGCCCCCGAAGGAGGGCAUAUAGUGAUCGCUCUGUCCGUCCGUCUGUCCGUCACACUUUACGUUUAGGUUUCGAAAAAUGCUCAUAACUUCUAUGUUGCUUCAGAUGUAACAUUCAUAUUUUGUAUGCAUGUGUAUAUGGACAAGGUCUUUCCAUACGCACACAAAUGUUUAACCCUUUGACCUUGACUUUGAACUUAGGGUCCGCGUUUAGGUUUCGAAAAAUGCGUUAAGGUUUCGAACAAUGUUCAUAACUUCUAUCAAAGCGUUUACGGGGGGCAUAUGUCAUCCUAUGGAGACAGCUCUUGUUUGUGUGUUUGUUUGUUUGUUUGUUGGUUUGUUUGUGUCAGGCUUUAACAUUGGCCAUAAUCUUUGCACUAUUGCAGAUAGCAACUUGAUAUUUGGCAUGCAUGUGUAUCUCGUGGAGCUGCACAUUUUGAGUGUUGAAAGGUCAAGGUCAUCCUUCAAGGUCAAAUAUAUGGGGGGACAUAGUGUUUCACAAACACAUCUUGUUUGUUAUUUUAUUUAACUUAAUCAUGUAGUGGUUGAUCAGCUCGUGUAUAUUCGACCUCUCUUUCAGUGGUCAUGUGCUGUCCACCAUUCGGACCAUUAUCACUGUACGUUUUACUUUUCUUAACAAAACUAAAUUUGUGUUUGACCAUGAACUCUUUGUUGGGAUUGUUAUUGGGCCAGGUCACACUUUCACUGGAGUUAUUAUCCCCCGCCAUAGGCGGAGGGAUAUUGUUCAAGAGUGGUCCAUCCGUCCUUUAGUCCGUCCGUCUUUCCGUCCGUCCGGAGCCAUAUCUUGGAAGUGCUUUGGCGGAUUUCAUUGAAACUUGGUAUGAGUAUAUAUAUGGAUAAUAGGAUGAUGCACACCAAAUGGCAUUUUACACCAUCUGAUAAUAACAGAGUUAUGUCCCUUUGUAUAUUGAAUAAAUGCUUUUUUGUGUGUCCAGAGCCAUAUCUUGGAAGUGCUUUUGCGGAUUUCAUUGACACUUAGUUUGAGUGUCCAGAAGCAUAUCGGCGGGGGAUAUCAAUUCAACAAAUUUGCUUGUUGCUGUUUAUAACUUGCAAAUAAAAUCACAACAAUUUCCUUUUUGCAAAAGAUAGGAUGAAUUUUUCAUCCAAGCUUCACCAAUCUUGCACAGUUUGUAUAUGACAAUAAGAUUCCAUGUGGAGUCAAUAAAUGUAUAUGUAUUGGUUAGAACUACCACUUUUAAUUUGAAUGUCUUAAACGUAACAUUUUCCCAAUCAUCAUAAAAUAUGCGCAUUACAAUUGUUCUAAUGAUAUCUAAGCUGAGUUCCAAAAUAAUAGCGGUCUUUUGAAAAACAUGGCCCAGGGGACAGGACAGUUGACCUUAUAUUUUGAUUGUAAAAAAGUGUGAACACUCUUGGAAGUCUCAUUUUUGUCCAAUCUCAGUGUACUUGCAUAGAGAGCACAACAUUUGUUAUUAUGAUAUUUUUUCCGAGUUAAACAAAGUUUUGGUUCAUUUGUAAAACGAAGCUGAAAGUAGGGUGGGGAAGUUUUGUGCAAAUGCUCUUAGUGAAACAUUGUGAACACUCUAGAAGUCAAUUUGUUUUAUUUUUUAAUGAAAUUUGCUUUGACAUGUAUUUAGACAAUAACUUCAACUGGUUUUACCCAACAUGAGUUAUGCUUUCAAAAAAUAUCAUUUAUGUGUUUUAAAUUCAUUAAAUAGUACAUGAUUAUGAUUUUAUCUGCAUUUUCCUAUAAGAUUUAAUAAAAACAGCAAUACCAUUCUACAAAUAAUGCUGUUGUGUGUAUAUUGAUAAUGUGAAUAUAAAUUUGUACCUGUA